AUGGCCGGUCGCCACCUCAAUCUGCGCAUCAUAGCGCCCCUGACGCUCUUCCUCGUCGUCCUCUUCUUCGUCUACCGGGAUCGCCACACGGUGCAGGACACACUGAGCUAUUCGACCCGACCGCUAUGGGACAAACCGUCCGACCCUGCUGUACUGCUGCCUCACUUGCAUGCCGAGGGCUUGCCGUCAGACGAUUUGGCUGCGUGUCAGAGGCAUGGAUGGGAGAAGUUGAGAGAGCCUACGCCGGGAAUGGAUCGCAGGUAUCUCAUUGAUGCGGUUCUGUUUAGUACGGAGCUGGAUCUACUCGAGAUUAGGUUGAGGGAGCUGUGGGAUGUUGUGGAUCAAUUUGUGGUGGUAGAGAGCACGCAUACGCUGAUGGGAGACGAGAAGAACCUCACCUUCGCCGCAAAUCGUCUGCGCUUCUCCCCGUGGGAGUCCAAGAUUGCCUACCACAAGUACCAAGGCCGCCCCAUGACGCAAAAGGACGGCGCCUUCACCCUAGCCAACGAGAUGCGCGUCGGAGUCAACCACUUCAUACACAACGUGCUCAAGCCGCCAGCCUCCUCCCUCCUCCUCAUGGCAGACGUCGACGAGAUUCCCUCGCACGCCUCUCUCUCCCUGCUCAAGGCGUGCGCCGCCCCAUUGCCCAUGCACUUGCAGAUGCGCAACUACGUGUACUCAUUCGAGUGGGUGACAGACAAUCGUAGCUGGAGGGCCCAGCUGCAUGAGUUGAACGAUGGCAGCUCCUACAUGCAUGGCAAGACGAGCGACAACGCCCUCGCUGAUGCCGGUUGGCAUUGCAGCUUCUGCUUCCGCAACCUCUGGGAAUUCACCUUCAAGAUGAAGGGCGCCUCCCACGCUGACAGGCUCUACCAUCGCCUAGACUGGCAGUCCUACCUCUCCCCGGAGCGCAUACAGCGCAAGAUCUGCUCAGGCGAGGAUCUGUUCGACAUGUUGCCCGAGGCGUACACCUGGGGCGAGUUGAUCCAGCUAUGGAGGGGGGCCACAAGGAGCUACUCUGCCGUCAAUCUGCCAAAGGCUGUGGUGCAGGAUGCGGGGAGAUUCGGCUUCUUGUUGCCGGGAGGGUGUAUGAGGGAGGCGUAG